AUGGCUUGCGGUCUAAAACUGGCUGCCGCCCGAUGCGGCGCAUUGAACGGCCAACACUUGCGUCAACGUGUCUCCCUCAAUGGCUUGCGACAGUAUUCGUCCCAGACUACCCCCCCUACCUCUCCUUUCGCACCUCGCCAUUUUCUCUCCAUUGCCGAUCUGACCCCUACCGAGUUCGCUACCCUUGUCCGCAAUGCGUCUUCGUACAAACGCUCGAUCAAAUCGGGCUCCGUGCCUCAGAAUCUCCUCGGAGCCCUGAACGGGAAGACCGUGGCCAUGAUGUUCAGUAAACGGAGUACUCGAACCAGGAUUUCGACCGAGGGUGCCGUGGUGCGGAUGGGAGGCCACCCAAUGUUUCUGGGAAAAGAUGACAUUCAAUUGGGUGUCAAUGAGUCCCUAUACGACACGGCGGUGGUGGUCUCUUCAAUGGUGUCUUGCAUCGUGGCUCGCGUCGGCAAGCAUGCCGAAGUCGCCGACCUCGCGAAGCACUCAACCGUUCCUGUGAUUAACGCUCUCUGUGACUCAUUCCACCCGCUGCAAGCCGUUGCCGAUUUCCAGACCAUGCACGAAACGUUCACACCCAAGGCUCAUGGUCUCUCCAGCCUGGGUCUGGAGGGCUUGAAGAUCGCCUGGGUCGGCGAUGCGAAUAACGUUUUGUUUGACAUGGCUAUCGCGGCAGCCAAGAUGGGCAUUGACCUGGCCGUUGCCACGCCCAAGGGCUACGAGAUUCCUGCGCACAUGCUGGAGAUCAUCCAGAAGGCCGGAGAAGGCGUGUCCAGCCCCGGGAAACUCAUCCAGACCAAUGUUCCUGAGGAAGCUGUCAAGGACGCGGAUGUUCUGGUCACGGACACUUGGGUAUCCAUGGGACAGGAAGCCGAAUCGAUCAAGCGGCUCAAAGACUUUGAAGGCUUCCAGAUCACAGCCGAUCUGGCCAAGCGUGGUGGUGCUAAGGAAGGGUGGAAAUUUAUGCACUGCUUGCCCCGUCACCCGGAGGAAGUAAACGAUGAAGUCUUCUACAGCCAGCGGUCCUUAGUCUUCCCUGAAGCAGAGAACCGGCUGUGGGCCGCGAUUUCUGCUAUCGAGGCAUUCGUUGUGAACAAGGGGAAAAUCGUAUGA